CUUUUCUUAUUUGCUUUGACCUUAGGCGUUUCCAGUUAAAGGAUUAUUAAAUUCUUUUGGAAUUAAUCGUUUGAAAGAUUAAUUGUGAUUAAUUUUAUUGAAUAGCUCGUUCUGAUGCUUCAUGUCUGGAUUUUGUUGAGUUUUGAGAUUUUGGUAGUAUCAUAAUAGUGGCUGCAAUCCAUCUUUUUUGUUCGAUUUUAUUUUCAAAAUUACAACUUUCCUUAGUGUUUUUGUCCCCUAUAAAUUGCUCCAAUCUUGAUUAAAUUUUAUGGUUUUGCUAGAAAUUCUGUUCUGUGUGGCUUCUGUGUUUUGGACUUUUGGUGGACAAAUUUGGAAGGGAAGGGUUAAAAAAGAUGAAUCUUUUAGCAGCGCUGAAUUGUGUUCACUUUUAGCACUUCCAAUUUUAUGCAUUUUAGGGUUAUAUUGCCGAGUUAGGAUUAAUGGAGCUAAAACUUGUUACAAAUUUGAAGCUUGUUUUAGUAUUUUUGUGUUUUGGACAGAACAAAGGCUAAAUUUGUUGAAUUCCUUUGCUUUUCUGCAGAAUAUUCUGAAACAUUGAGCUAGCUAUUCUUGUGGAUUCUUUCUCCAUAUCUGAGUAAUAAUGGCCUCAGAGGAAGAAGACAUGAAUCUAAUAGAGAUAUUGGAGGAGAAUGUGGCUAUUGACACGAGCAGAUACAUGAGCUAUGUCCAGUCUCCGAGCUGUGGCGCCAUAGCAACAUUUGGUGGCACCACUCGCGACACCUUCGAGGGCAAGACUGUCUUGGAGCUGAGGUACGAAGCAUACGUCCCCAUGGCUGUACGAUACAUCAAGACGAUAUGCACUUCUGCAAGAUCAUCAUGGAACCUGAAUUCAAUUGCAGUGGCCCAUCGCUUAGGCCCCGUUCCUGUUGGUGAAACAAGUGUUUUCAUAGCAACCUCAGCCGUUCAUCGUGCAGAUGCCUUGGAUGCUUGCAAGUUCAUCAUCGAUGAGGUUAAGGCAUUGGUUCCUAUAUGGAAGAAGGAAGUUUAUACCAAUGGCGAGGUUUGGAAAGAGAACUCUGAGUUCCUCGAGAGGCGGGACGAGCUCGGGAAUUCAAGUUGCCAGAAAAAAGUUGUAGUGGAUGGACCAGAGAGAAAGGGUUGCUGCGGAGGAAAGGUGAAGAUGCCGCCAGAGGCAUGAGAUGAUGUGUGGUGAUGAAAAGAGAGGCCUUUUGUUGUUGUAAUACAAGGAUUGUUUUUAACAUUUUACUUGUGUAAACUUGUAGUA